UACCGGGGCCUGACGUCACGGGGCGGGCGCCGCUCCAUCCGGGCCUCCGGGCACCGCCCCUUGGAUGACGCCACAAUCGCGGACGUCUCCUCCGUGACGCAGUCAAACCCUGUCCGUCGCGUUGUGACGUCACAGGGUCCCGCCCUCCCGUUUUCUCCGUGGGCGCCUCCCUCCGCUCCCCCCAAGGGGCGGGGCGUUGCGAUGAAAAGGGCGCACGAGCCUAAGCCGGCCCCUGGUGGAGCAGCGCGGGGCUGACCCGGGGACCUUAGCUCAGCCUCCUGGAACAGACCUGCGAACUUUGCCGCCCAUGUAAAACGCCCCCUGGUUCCAGCCUGUCCCACGCACCGGCCGGGACGGCUCCAACGCCAUCUCAUGAGCGGCGAGUUCGACCAGCUGCGGGAUUUACCCAUGUUUGAGAGCAACUUCGUGCAGGUGACCCGGUUAGGAGAAGUUGCCAACAAGGUCACCAUGGGGGUGGCAGCCUCCAGUCCAGCCCUGGAACUCCCAGACCUGUUGCUUCUGGCGGGCCCUGCCAAGGAGAACGGACGCCUGCAGCUCUUUGGGCUGUUCCCCUUGCAGUUCGUCCAGCUCUUCGUCCACGACGAAAGCCGCUGGCAACUCAAGGUCAAGCUCCGCACCGGCCGCGCCUUCUACCUGCAGCUGCGGGCCCCGCCGGAGACCCGCGACCGCAAGUUCGGCCAGUGGGUGCGGCUGCUCUACAGCCUGCGCUUCCAUUCGGCCCAGGAAGCCGUACCCUUCACGCAGGAGUACUCGGCGCUGGAGGACGACGAGGACGAGGAUCUAACUGAGCAGGAGGAAGUGAGCGGAGGAGCUUCAAGCCAUGGAAGCCAGACUGGACCCACAGACCUCUGAACUCUGGGGACUCUGAUUCCUCCAACAUUAUUUUGAGGUCACUAAAAGACCAGAAAUCAAAGUGUACCCUACCUCGGGGCCGGACAGAUGAAUUAUUAAAGUUAAUAAAUA